UACCGGUUGGCACCUUCUCUCAUUCACAUCGGCAUGCCGUUAGGAAGCAAACGCAAUGUCGCCAACCGCCACCAACCGGCAAACGCAAAAACAAACCAGGACGCUUGUAAAUCGAUGCAGGCCGAAAUGCGUUCGAGGCAUGGCAAAGGCCAGGCUAAUGGUGUUGCUACGCCUGUAAUGGAAGGAGAAAAUGUUGCGGACGGCAAGUGUGAGACAAAGCCGCCUGCGUUGGGCAGGCCUACUCUGCAUGUUGUCUGUCUGAGGCUGCCGGAUUUGCCGUGUGAUGGACCGAUUGCCUGGGAGACUUAUCUGCUGGUGUUUCUUUUGACGGCUGUCUUUUUGCAAAACUUCAACAUUUAUCAUACAAGUGUCUAUUUGGCCAACAGAGAUCUCUUUUUCUUUACAACUGUCCUUUUCAUUCAUCGUUUGAUGUGGACCUUCUCUCAUCAUGCCUCAUUUGGUGUCAUUCAAAGCCAGAUGUUUCUAUGGAUUAGAGACGGAGUCAAGUGGUUUCUCAUCUCCACUCAGGUCGUGCUGUUAAUCUGGUUUCUCAUUCGAGUACUUCAGAAUAACAGCAUCACCAACUGUCUCUUUCUCUCUUAUCCGGUCUUUCUGUACUUUUCAUUGUUUGGAUUUAUGGCCAAUCCUGGAAGUCACCAUCCUGUUUCAAAGCCACUGGUUUUGUCCGAUUCACCUGCUAACACUUUGCUUGCUACUGCCUGGAGUCGGACUUCUAGUACAGAUUUAUAUGUCAUAAAGCCAACUGUACCGUGUGCAUGGAGCAGUCCUGAAAAACUGAAUGGACCUAAUGAUGGCAAAUGUAUGUCCGAGUAUGACGUUACGGUUCAUCUCCAGUGUAACUACAUACCGUCUCCGGAGGCUGUUCGAAAUGAUGUCAAUUUGCUUCUAGCGGAUUUUAGCUGUCGUCUCAAGCAACUGGUUUUCAAUUCAAUAGUGUGUACGUAUUAUGCAGCGUUCUUGCCUGUUCAAUUCAUUCAGCAAGAUUACGUGACUUACAACAAAAUCUGGUGUUACAAGCAUGUAGCCUUCAUCUGGGCGCAUACGUUUGUUAUGCUGACAAUGCAGUUGAUGCCAACGUCGUACUGUAUGUCUCUCUACAAGUAUGCAAAGCACCUGGGAUCAUGGCGACGAGUGGAUAAGGAAACUGCUCCUCACAUAUGGUCACCGGCAAAGAUUUGGCCUCCUGACACUUUUGUUCGAUAUGCAAAGGGAGUCUUUGAGGCGCAAGGGAUUCAAGUGGCAGCAGAACCUGGUGAUACUGGGCAUGCACAGUUUUAUUUUGUGUUCAAUGAGCCAACAAUGAUUCUGAAUUGUCUGUUGGUAAUCCAGUCAGCAGCUCUACUCUAUGAACUCGUCUUGUUAGCACGCGCAACUGCAUGGCAACAAGCAGUUUCAGUGUCCGUCCUCGUACUACUGAAUUACUAUCCAACCUACAAGAUAGUGAGAGACCGCUUAGCUCUUGGACGCUAUUUCACUCAAGAAUCGUACUAAACAUUGCUAAAUCACAACGAUCGUCUAAUCAAGUA